AUGUCUGAGUCAGCCGCGCUUAAUGCAUCGGCGGCAGUGAACUUGGACUACAAGAGCUGUGAUGCUGCCCGCUCCGCCUUCCGCGCCGGCGAUGUGGAGGCGUCGCGUCGUGAGCACAUGAAGCCGAUGCACAUUGAGAGCCACAACUCGAGUGCCUCUGAAUACGUGAAGUCCGUUGUGUUUGGCGGUCUAGAUGGCAUCAUGACUACUUUCGCCAUCAUUGCUGCGGCGGCCGGCAGUGGGGGCAACUAUGCGACGGUACUCAUUUUUGGUUUCUCCAAUGUCAUCGCCGAUGGCUUCGCUAUGGGGUUCGGCGAGUACGUCUCUGGUGAAGCUGAGCGCGAGAACGCCGUGUCGGAGCGGCACCGUGAGGAAUGGGAAGUGGAGAACUCCUUCGACUUGGAGGUAGAUGAAAUGGUGCAGAUAUACAUGGCGAAGGGGCUUUCCUUUGACGAUGCGCAGACGAUCGUCGGCAUUAUCUCAAAGGACCCGAAGAUGUUUGUGGACUUCAUGAUGGUGGAGGAGCUUGGGCUUCUGGUGGACCUCGACGACGCCUACGGCCCCAUGAAGCAAGGCGUCGUGAUGUUCAUAUCCUUCGUGCUCUUCGGUUCCAUCCCUCUCCUAGCGUAUCUUCCAGGCAAAGGCCAGGGCACAGACCUUGUGUUUUUCGUCUCGUGCUUCCUCACGAUGGCUUCGUUGGUUUUCCUGGGAUCCGUGAAGGGUUAUCUCGUCGGCGUCAGCAUGGGGCGCUCGGCAGUGCUUAUGGUGCUCAACGGCAUAAUCAGCGGUAUCUUCAGCUUCUUAGCGGGCCACCUGAUCCAGAUGGCGCUCACUACGGAGGUUAAUGCCUCGUCUUCUAUCUCCUUGUAA